UAUGGUAAGCUUUUUCUUAGGAUUUUCCAUAUAGCCCAAACCGAAAGAUUCGUCGCCUAGACGAGUUGUUCUUGGAGUCUAUAAACUUCGAAAUGGAUAGGAGGAGCAAAAAAUUAAAGAACCCAGAAUCAGAAAAACCACAAAACGGUGAGAAAAAGAACAACAAAGUGAUGGAAAUUGAAGGAUACCGAGUAGAAGGCUUGUCAAUAGGAGGGCAUGAAACUUGCAUUAUUUUCCCUGCUCUUAACUUAGCAUUCGAUAUCGGUCGGUGCCCGCAACGUGCCCUUUCUCAAGACUUUCUCUUUAUCUCCCAUGGCCAUAUGGAUCAUAUCGGUGGCCUGCCAAUGUAUGUCGCAACCCGGGGUUUAUAUGGCAUGAAGCCUCCAACUAUCAUUGUACCUUCUUGCAUAAAAGAAGAUGUUGAUAAACUCUUCGAGGUCCAUAGAAAGAUGGAUCAAUCAGAGCUUAAGCAUAGUUUAAUCAGCUUGGAUGUGGGAGAGGAGUUCUUCUUGAGAAGGGAUCUAAAAGUAAGAGCUUUUAGAACUUAUCAUGUCAUACCAAGCCAGGGUUAUAUAGUUUACUCCGUAAAACAAAAACUUAAAGAAGAGUACUUGGGCCUUUCUGGAAAUGAGAUCAAGAACAUGAAGUCAUCAGGUGUGGAGAUCACUUAUACUACUAAUGCACCAGAAGUUGCUUUUACCGGAGAUACUAAGUCGGAUUUUAUAGUUGAUGAAGCUAAUUUAGAUGUUUUGCGGGCAAAGAUUCUUGUCAUUGAGAGCACAUUCCUAGAUAACUCGGUAUCAGUGGAGCAUGCUAGAGAAUAUGGACACGUUCAUCUGUCUGAGAUCAUUAAUUAUGCAGACAAGUUUGAGAAUCGAGCAAUUCUUUUGAUUCACUUCUCAGCUCGGUAUGCAUUAGAGAAAAUCCAGGAAGCAGUUGCGGCACUGCCUUCACCUCUGGCCGGUCGAGUUUUUGCGCUUACGGAAGGUUUCUAAAGGGAUGGGGAUGAGAAUAGGAUUUGAUCUAUAAGUUUAUGGUGUUGUGCAACUGAUCCAUAAUUCUGUCAUGUGGUUUAGCAGUUGGUUUGGGUUUCUUUAGAAUUCUAAUGAUGCUAUGUUUAUGAAAACUUUUCUUUUUAAUUUAAUGGCAGUCCUGAGGUCAUUUUUAGUAGAGUAAGGUCGGAUAGGGAAACGAUCUUUUAAACAAUCAUAUAGUGUGUUUGGUCUG